CAGUCACAGAAGCUGGAUCCAGGACGAAACAGUGCCUCGGCAGCACUGUGCAUUCGGAGCCAAAGCAAACAGCAUCAUUCCGCCCAGUAGCAUUGGGACUCGCCGAUGUGAAACUGCGCACUGUGCUGCAAAAAGGAAAGAAUAAAAUACAGUUUGGUGAAGUCACAGACGUGCAGAUGUAAACGUGAUAAUAUAAAUCGGGCUAGAGAAGGAUUCGGAAAAGAGUAGCACGAAUCGAGCAUCACCAAGGUAACAGUUGAAUCAUGGGAGCUGCUGCUGUGGAUGACGGCCCCACUGGAGUGAAGGCCCCGGAUGGGGGGUGGAGCUGGGUGGUCCUCUGUGGCUCAUUUGUCAUCACAGGAUUCUCCUACGCCUUCCCCAAGGCGGUCAGUGUGUUCUUCAAGGAGCUCAUUCGAGAGUUCGGAGUAGGAUACAGUGACACCGCAUGGAUAUCCUCCAUUCUGCUGGCCAUGCUGUACGGGACAGGCCCCCUGUGCAGUGUCCUAGUGAACCGUUUUGGGUGUCGUCCAGUUAUGAUGGUGGGGGGGCUUUUCGCCUCUUUGGGGAUGAUUUUGGCUUCCUUUGCCACCAGCAUCAUUCAGAUCUACCUCACCACUGGUGUCAUAACCGGUUUGGGUCUGGCACUUAACUUCCAGCCCUCGCUAAUCAUGUUGAACAGAUACUUUGACCAGAAGAGACCCCUGGCUAACGGGCUGUCAGCAGCAGGAAGCCCUGUGUUUCUGUGCUGCCUGUCUCCACUGGGGCAGGUUCUCCAGUACAACUUUGGCUGGCGUGGGGGCUUCCUCAUCCUGGGGGGGAUGCUGCUCAAUUGCUGUGCUUGCGGGGCUCUAAUGAGGCCACUGGAGCCCCCCAAGAAGCCGGUAGACCAGGAGGAGCCAUCCAGCAAGGUGGUCGAGAAGAUGAAGCCUAAGAAAAAGCUGCUUGACUUCACGGUCUUCAAAGACCGGGGUUUUUUGAUCUACACAAUAGCAGCCUCCAUCAUGGUCCUGGGUCUCUUUGUGCCGCCGGUGUUUGUGGUCAGCUACGCCAAGGACUUGGGCUACCAGGACACCAAGGCUGCGUUCCUGCUUAGCAUCUUGGGAUUUAUUGAUAUCUUUGCCCGGCCCACGUGCGGGAUCAUCGCCGGGCUCAAGUGGGUGCGCCCACGCUGUGUCUACCUCUUUGCCUUCGCCAUGGUCUUCAAUGGAAUUACGGACCUGGUCGGCUCCAUGUCUGUAGACUACACACACCUGGUGAUCUUCUGCAUCUUCUUUGGUAUCUCCUACGGCAUGGUCGGAGCGCUGCAAUUUGAGGUCCUGAUGGCCAUCGUGGGCACAGAGAAAUUCCCCAGCGCCAUCGGCCUGGUUUUGCUCAUGGAGGCCAUGGCUGUCCUGGUUGGACCACCUUCUGCAGGGAAGAUCUUGGAUGCUACACAUCGCUACAUGUUUGUGUUCAUGGUGGCUGGCUGUGAGGUGACGCUGUCUGCCCUGGUUUUGGGCUUUGGGAACUUCUUCUGCAUCAAAAAGAAACCUGAGGAGCCCAUGAAGGAGGUGGCUGCAAGUCCAGCAGAGAGUGAGCAGCUCAAGAAGCCCGACGAGGAGGAGAAGCGACCGGAGAGCAUCACGGUGGACUCCAUCGAGGUGGAGCAGUUCCUGAAGGAAGAUACUGAAAAGAACGGCGAGGUGAACACAAACCCGGAGACCUGCGUGUGAACACCAGAACUGAGAGAAGGUGCAAGCUUGGGGAGGGGGGAAAGACUCCAACAAAGUGGUACAAACAAGUGCAAAUAUUUGUAAUUUUAGGUGUGCUAUAGAUUUACAUUAGGGCUGUGCCAUAUCAAAACAAGCAAAAGUAAAUCUUAAAAGAAGGUCAACUGAAAAUACACUGGAACGGGGUUGUUUAUGUUCUAAAAACGACAAAUAUUUAAGUGUUGAUCAGGACUCCUCUCCAUCAGUCACUCCAGCUAUAGAGAAUUUGAAUCUUGUGAUAAGUAAAAUGCACAAGCUGCUUCUGACUUUCCACUGCAGCACCAGUAGAACCAAAUCACUGCCAUGCUGUACCACAACCAUACCACUGGGGCAUUUCUUUAUAGCUUCAUUGUACCACCAGAUCUUUCCUUGAGAAUUCGGUCUUACUGCUGCUCAUGUUGGGAGCAGUGGCACACACAAGUGCAGAUGUCUGUCCGGCAUCUUGCCUCUCUAGAGUUGCUAUAGCCGUCUACUUUGCUGCUGCCUGGAGGCCCAGAUAAAUGUUACACAAAGGGUCACCCAGAAAAAAGGUGGUUAAAAAUUAAAAUAGUGGAUUGAUUUUGUUUGAAUCUCUAUCUUUAGUGAUGAGAUGCUUCAACUAUUCACUUAUUGUGAGAUUCUUUUCAUAGAAUUGUCAACUGGGUGUGUAAACUGGGUUUGGAUAGCCUGCACUUUCCCAGCCAUCCUUGUGCCAGUUCCAGUUACCCGUUUUGUCUAGAGACUGAGCUUGCUUUGUUCUACCGGUUUUUCUUGUGUGUCUUUUGUAACCAGUGUUUGACAAAGUAUUUCAAAUCUAUCACCCUCUACGCUUUUGUUAUAAAAUCAUUGGUCCAAUUGCAAAAUUGUUGAUUUUUUUAAAAAUAUGAAUUUCUCCAUUGGCAGUUAAAUUUGAAUAUGGUCAUCUGUAAAUUGUCACACGCAUAUUCAUUAACCUGUGACAGUGUCUUUCUGAGAAUCUGCAGUUCUUGGUGGAAGCAGUUCCCAUGCUUUGUAUAUGCAUCUCCAUGGCACAGUCCUAAUGGACCUAAAAUGGAGAUAUUAAUAAUGUAACUAAUGUAUUGGUGGUUUCAUUGUAUAAGAAAGUAUAUAUUUUUGUGUGUUAAUGUAACAGAAUUUGUUUCAAUUCGCUUUUGAAAAACAUUGACCGUUUUGGAUUUGGUUACGCAGAAAAUACCAAAGGAGAGAUGAAUUGCAUUCAAGAAAUGUACACUCGAAUUUCGUGUGGCAAGCCACUCCCAGUUUCUGUUUCUGUUUCAUGAUUUUAAAACCCUGUUUCCCCAAGUGAAAGGUAAUGUUUAACAUCCAGGCUCGGUAUUUACCAAUCCAGUUUGUAUUGAUUGUUUCUAUGUGCAGUAUUAGAAAUUAAAGCCUGAAAUGGGAAAUCAGUCUAGUUAAGGCUUGAUGGAUUCAGUUGUAUGAUUUUUAACUUUUUAUUGCUUUUUUUUCUAGCUGCUAUAAAAUUGAUAACUUACUUAUCUAGGUGGUACGUUGUGUGGCACACUGUCCUGACUAAUGCAUUCUGUACCAAAAUGUGGGUACAGGGCUGUAGCCAACCGUGAAAAUCACGCUGCAUUUGCCUCCCACCCACCCCUGAGCGGUGUCGCUGUAGUCUGAAAUGAUAGUAAAAUGUUUUGAAGAGCAGAGGCUAGAUAUCAGCAGGACUUCGGAAUUAAUGCCUGCACACGAGGGAUGAAAUGCCUUUUAUUUUGCAGCAAAGCAACAUGUAGGAGAGCCUAAAUAAACCAAUGAUUAGAAUGAUUUUAACCGAGGCCCGUGCCUCAUAGCUGGCUACAGCCUUGCACAAACAAAUUCCAAUCUGAUUUUGUUUCUGGAAUAUGGUAUAACUUGGUAACUAAUAAACUACCAUGUUCAUUUUCCUGCUUUUAAAGACAAGUGACAAGCGGGUAUCGCACUUUUGCUCUAAACAGGGAGAUGGUGUUUCUUUUGGAGAAUGAAAACCACUUAAUCUGAGCCCUCAGCUGUAGCACUGUGCAUUCCAUUUUUACAACCUUGUGCCCAAUGGUGACAUCUGUUGGAAGGGUUGAGGAUGACCAAUUAAUGGCCCAAAUCCUCUCCAAUUAAAUGUGGGCAGCUGGAAUCCUGAACAGUGUUCUCUGCAGCACAGUGACUGGUGUUGAUAAGCCUUCUCCUGUCCAUGUUUGUCUGUUUUAAGCUCCUUGUGCUAUACAGUGUGCAUUCAUCAAACCACCAUGGUUGUCUGUAGAAUACCUAAAUGAACACCAUGGGGCUUUUAGGUUUUAUUUUAUUUAUUUAAUUUUUUGUUUAGUGUGUAUUUUUCUAGUUAAACAAUUUACUAUUUUAAUGUAAGUUUCCUCAAAAGGACAAUGUCUCCAUUAAAUGCUUUGAUGUCUCGAGAAUCAAUUUUCAGCACAGUUGUAUCUAUAUAGUAGAACUGGGUGUGAAGUUUUCCCCUGUCCAAAUUUGCUGCGCUUUCUAGGCCUUCCCAACAGUUUCCUGCACAUUUUGUCUGGCAGUUAGUUUCUGUUUUGAUUUCAAUUGUAAAGGCUGUUUAGUAGCUAGAACCAAAAGACUCUGUCUUGAAAUGCAGAGGGAGGUAUCUGCUUUAAAGAUACGGCAGAGAUUACUGAAGAUGUGCCCCCCAUACAUCCAAUUGUACACUGACAUGGCAUCAAUAGACCUACAGUGCCCCAUAGUACUUUUCUACGCAUGCAUUAUUCGAUUGGCUUUAAUGUCUGAUAUUUAUUUAUUUAUUUAUUUAUGUAUGUAUUUAUUCAUUUAUUUUAAUAACUUUUUUUUUCGUUUCGGGCUAAAGGCAGCUAGUCGGAAUAUGUUUUAGAAGAGUAAACUUGACGAAUGCGAGUUUGGAAUUUUUUUUGAUUUUGUUUUUUUUGCACACCCUUUCCGUUGAUCCUACUGUGCUGAAAAAAAAAAAAAAAAAGUUUCCCAGUCACUGUGCAUUUUGCUUUGGCUUCCUGCUUGGGUUCUUUGGAAAGAAUUGUUUUAAUGGGGACUGCUCUUCUGAAAGAUUCUAAAUAGCACCACAAAUAAUAAUUGGAUCUGUCCUGAGGUCUGGUAAUUUCUGCAGACUCCAAGGGAGGCAUCCUAACAUUUCUCUAGAUCAGUAUAUGUGUGUGUGUGUGUGUGUGUGUGUAUAAUUUACACAGACACACACUUGUGUGUUCCUGUAUUACUUGUAUCAAUACACGCUAUAGAAUAUAGGCUGUACAUUUUAAACGUUUGUUACCAGUUUCCAGGUCGGGGUCCUAAAAUGAUUAACAAGUGUGGUACGCCUUUUAUUUUUUAUUUUUUAUAAAGAUUUGAGCAAAUUGAAUGUACCAUAUAUCUGUAUGCAUUUGUCAAGCAGCUGGAAAUGGAGCAUACCAUGUUUCUCUGCACUUUGAAUCCCGUGUGGUGCUUGGUAACAAAGGCACACCUACAAUGGGGUACAAUCUCCCCUGUAAUGGUAAUCAGAUAUGUGUUUAAUGAUUCUUAAUGUGGGGUAAACCUUAUGGGACCAUUGCUACAAAAAAAGCAAUAAAAGCAAGCUCAAAUGCUAGCAAGUUCUAUUUUGUGUGUGUGUGUGUGUUGGAAAAACAAACUUUGCACAUGAACAAAAUACAUAUAGAUGUGUGGUAUUUUUAGAAUUUUUUUUAUUUGUAUAAUUUUUAGAAACUGUGUUUUUACAAGAGCAUUACAACCACCCCUUUGGCCAGUAAAGAGUUAAUCAUUUCAGGACCCCUUCCCUUUGUUUUGAAGGGAUACUGUUGUGUGUUGUGAGAUUUUAACUGGUGUGUUUUCUUUUUAUUUUUCUAUUUAAUAUAAAUUCUCAAAUGGCAGGGAUAGCCUGCCUAUACUGUUCUGUGAAUGCACUUUCCCGUCAUCACCCCUGUACAGAACUGUAUUUUUUUAUAUGCUUUUAGAGUGACCUGUUGCAAAUCUAGUGAAAUAAAUAUUUAUUCUGUUGAA